AUGAGUCAGAUCCAGCAAGGCAGCUACAAUUGUAUAUCCAACUCAAGCCAGAACGUCGUAGCCUGGGAGCGAGAACUUCGUGCUCUUUCUUCACUACUCGUGGCGGCUAGAGGACAACGCAACUCGUGCUCGAUGACGUGCAUCCUUCCUGCGGAGAUACUUUCUCGUGUAUUUGCUUGUCUCAAGGCUGAAGCUCCACUCUUACACUCCGAGGACCUUGGUACGCGGAUUGGUUGGCUCUCUGUCACGCAAGUCUGCAGGCACUGGAGGGCUGUUGCGAAGGCCAACGCGUCGCUAUGGACCGAUAUCAACGUCUUAUCCAUACCCCUCUGGGAUCUCUUCACCGAGAGCUCGUCCAAUCUUCCUCUCUCCGUCUUUUCUUGCAUCGGGGAAAAGGCCGAUCGUAUUCCCAAUUAUAGGAAGCUCAUCCGAGGAGCCCUCCCACGCGUCAAGGAGCUCAAUGCACAUGCACACAGGACCGGCGUCCCCGGUUCCCCAGGACGUCGCCACUUGAAAUCACUCCUUCAAGCUCUAAACUCCCCAUCCGAGCCGCUGCGUCUACUUCAGAAGCUGGAACUCGAAUCAGAUACCUACAAAACCGCGGGUUUAACGGCCGACUUUUUCAACACCCACGCGAUUGAACUCCGCCAUGUCGUUCUCCGCCAGAUCGCCUACCCUUUGGGCGGCAUUUCCCCGCGUCUUCAAUCGCUCACACUUGUAAAGACCAACUGCUCCAAUGCUUUCUUGUUCUUCGACACCCUCCGUCAGUUACCCUGUCUUGAGAAGCUCUUCCUGAUUCAAACACUCGGUAUCCGAUCCUCGGCUCAGUCGCUGUCAGCCGUCGAGAUGCCUCACCUUCGCGACUUACGCAUUGAAAACGAGAUAUCGCAAAGCGUCAGCAUUUGGAGGUCGUUGCGCGUGCACCCUCAGGCGUAUGUGAUGGUCGACGCCAGCGUCGCUACAUCUUGCACGGACUCUCAUUUGCAUGCUCUGGCCGAAGCCACGGCUGCCCACCUCGAGGACCCCGGGCGACCAACAUUCGUUUACUUGGACUUGUCAGCGUAUGACUACCAGCCUCUAUGCGACUUCGUCAUGAGCACGCAUAUCGAGGACGUUAGCUCGAACGAAGAGUUCACCGCUCAGAGCUCCAUUCAUACCUACCCCUGUCCCUGUCUGAAGGUUGUAUUACCGAUAUUCUGCGAUGUUCCCUGCCACCACAUCCCCAACAUCUAUCGCAAGCUCUUUUCGAACCUGCUUAGAAAGGAUUGGACCGCAGUACAGCUCAGUGGCCAUAUGCACUGGCAGGAUGAACUGCUCAUAUCUGUCUUCGCCGAUGCGCGCCUUGUCACAGACCUAUCUCUUCGAGAGGUACCUCAGGAUACAGUGCUGGAGCUCUGCUAUGCACUCGGCCAGAACGCGCGUGGUGAUAAACCUGUUCUGUUCCCCGCACUCUCAGCAUUGCGUUUCGAAGCAGUCAAUUUGGGCUACGUUAGCCAGUUCCCGAUGGCGGUUCUUCGGCGGCGCCCUAUCUCACGCUCGCGCUUGCGAUUCGCGCAGGCAUUCCUUACAAACCCCUCAGUCGUCUACAAAUCGAGCGUUGCCUUGUGGACUACCAAGAUAUCACAGCUUGGAGGGAGCAUGUAA